AUGGAGCAUGGCUUACACACCAUGGGGGAAGUCAAUGCCUCAUUCUAUCAGCCCUCGGCUUUCUUCAUGAUGGGCAUCCCCGGCCUGGAAGCCUUUCACCACUGGAUCUCCAUCCCUUUCUGCGCACUGUACCUUAUUGCUCUAUUGGGAAACUGCAUGAUCCUAUUCAUCAUAAAGAAGACCCAAAGUCUUCACGAACCCAUGUACUACUUCCUCUCCAUGCUGGCAGUCACUGACCUAGGCUUGGCUUUCUGUACCCUGCCCACCACCCUUGGCAUUUUUUGGUUCAAUGUGAGAAGGAUUGGGUUUGAUGCUUGCCUCACUCAGACCUACUUCAUCCACACACUGUCCUUCAUUGAAUCCUCUGUGCUCCUCGCAAUGGCAUUUGACCGCUUCAUUGCCAUCUCCCAUCCUUUGCGACAUCCAUCCAUACUGACCAAGACGACUGUCAUGAAAAUAGGUCUGGCAAUCAUGGUGAGAGGUAUGGUCUCCCUUCUUCCCAUCCCCUUCUUGCUCAAGAGACUGACCUACUGUGGGAAGACUGAGCUUUCUCACUCAUUCUGUUUCCACUCUGAUAUCAUGAACCUCGCCUGUGCAGAUAUAAAAGUCAAUGUCUUCUAUGGUAUGAUCAUCCUCUUAUCAACGGUGGGGAUGGACUUCAUCUUCAUUGUGCUGUCCUACAUCCUGAUCAUUAAAACUGUGGUCAGCCUUGCAGCCAAGGAGGAGUGUCUCAAGGCUCUGAAUACAUGUGUCUCCCACAUCUGUGCUGUUCUAGUGUUCUUCAUCCCAAUGAUCGCACUGUCCAUGAUCCAUCGCUUUGGAAAGAACAUUCCUCCUCUGGUUAACACUUUGGUGGCCUACACCUACCUUAUCAUUCCUCCUGCUCUCAACCCCAUUAUCUAUAGCAUAAAAUCCAGCCACAUCCGUGAGGCUUUGUUCAGGGCACUGUGGAAGAAGAGUGAAUCUGACUGGUAG